CGGAGGCCGCUUCCUCCUCCUCCUCAGUCGCUCCUGGGAGCCGGAGAAGGAAGGAAGGAGGGAAGGCGGGAGGGAGGCCGGCUGGCUGGCCGGCCGGUGGAGGAGGAGGACGAGGAGGAGGACUCAGAAGGAGUGAGGCAACGGGGCCGCCACACACACCACCAACUCUGAGGGAGGCCUGGCGGGCCCCCAGCAGACACCCAACCAGUCGGCCAUGCCGAAUAAAACCAAGAAGGAGAAGAGCCAGGAACCUCCAAAAGCAGGCAAAAGUGGGAAAAGUAACAAAGAUUUGCAAGAUAACCUGGACAUUGAGGCCACAUGCAAAAAAUCAAACACCAUAACACCUACAGCACAGUUGUCUAAAAUCAAAGUACCUCCUGCCCCAGCUGUAUCGAAGAAAGAGAAACGACAGAGUUCUUCAAGAUUUAGUAUUAGCAAUAACAGAGAACUCCAAAAGCUGCCAGCUUUAAAAGAUGUUCCUCCUGCAGAACAAGAAAAGCUCUUCAUUCAGAAGUUGCGGCAAUGCUGCGUACUUUUCGACUUCGUUUCUGAUCCACUAAGUGACCUGAAGUGGAAAGAAGUUAAACGUGCAGCUUUAAGUGAAAUGGUAGAGUACAUCACACAUAAUCGAAAUGUGAUUACAGAACCAAUUUACCCAGAAGUAGUACAUAUGUUCGCAGUUAACAUGUUCCGCACACUACCACCAUCAUCCAACCCAACGGGAGCAGAGUUUGACCCAGAGGAGGAUGAACCAACCUUAGAAGCUGCCUGGCCUCACUUACAGCUUGUAUAUGAAUUUUUCUUAAGGUUUUUAGAAUCUCCAGAUUUCCAACCUAAUAUAGCUAAGAAAUAUAUUGAUCAGAAGUUUGUAUUGCAGCUUUUAGAGCUCUUUGACAGUGAAGAUCCUCGGGAAAGAGAUUUUCUUAAGACUACUCUGCACAGAAUAUAUGGAAAAUUCUUAGGCCUAAGAGCUUACAUCAGGAAGCAAAUUAACAAUAUAUUUUAUAGGUUUAUUUAUGAAACAGAACAUCACAAUGGCAUAGCAGAAUUACUGGAAAUAUUGGGAAGCAUAAUUAAUGGAUUUGCCUUACCAUUAAAAGAAGAGCACAAAAUUUUCCUUCUCAAGGUGUUAUUACCUUUGCACAAAGUGAAAUCACUCAGUGUCUACCAUCCACAGCUGGCAUACUGUGUAGUUCAGUUUUUAGAAAAGGACAGCACGCUUACUGAGCCAGUGGUGAUGGCACUGCUGAAAUACUGGCCAAAGACUCAUAGUCCAAAAGAAGUUAUGUUUUUAAAUGAAUUAGAAGAAAUUUUAGAUGUUAUUGAACCAUCUGAAUUUGUAAAGGUUAUGGAACCUCUUUUCAGGCAGCUAGCAAAAUGUGUCUCCAGUCCACACUUUCAGGUUGCAGAACGAGCACUAUACUACUGGAAUAAUGAGUAUAUUAUGAGCUUAAUCAGUGACAACGCAGCAAAGAUCUUGCCUAUCAUGUUUCCAUCUCUGUACCGGAAUUCAAAGACGCACUGGAACAAGACAAUACAUGGCUUGAUUUACAAUGCUCUGAAACUCUUCAUGGAGAUGAACCAAAAACUCUUUGAUGACUGCACACAGCAAUUUAAAGCAGAAAAACUUAAGGAGAAGUUAAAAAUGAAGGAACGGGAAGAAGCCUGGGUUAAAAUAGAAAAUCUAGCCAAAUCAAAUCCCCAGUAUACAGUAUAUAGUGACACCUGUCUGGUGAGCAGUCCUGUUGCAAUGGAAACAGAUGGGCCUUUAAUUGAAGACUUGCAGGUGCUGAAAAAGGCAGUGAAAGAAGAAGCUUGUCCGGCACCGAAGGAUCUGAAGAAGGAGCGUCCUAUGGUGCGACGCAAGUCAGAACUGCCUCAGGAUAUCUAUACCAUGAAAGCCUUGGAGUCCCAUUGCCGAGCUGAUGAUCUAAUAUCACAUGAUGGGCAUUAGACUAUUCAAGUAAAAACUUAUUUGGAGGAAAACCCUUUUGUUCCGGACUCUGUUCCACAGUAGAGAACUUACUUUUUUUGUGCCAUACUGAUCAGUUACACACAAGUCAAAACUUUUUUCAACCCCAUUCUGUCCGGCAAUAACUUUGAUACAGUAUGCACAGCUCAAGAUUAAUAGUUCAAACAAUGGUAAAUUACUUGAUUCUGUACGCAGAAACUUGGGGUGGCUAGAAUUACACAAAGGCAUUUUGUUAGUGCUGUUUGCAUAGGACCAACAAAUUGGAGGCAUGCACUUUUUCAUAUUACUGCUGGGGGGAAGAAAGCAGUCUUCUAGGACAGGUAUCCAGGCCCUCCUGCUGGGCUCCACACGAAGCAAUUCUGCAUAAGAAAACCUAUGAAACAUCCUGUCUAUCGUGUUCAUGACAUGUAAAUGUUCUAGAAAGCUGCAGUUGGGUGCAGCUUCUCGUUCUUCUAUGUUGGACGUGAAUAUGACAAAAUGUGUGUGUGACUAUCACAUGAGACAAUCUACACAGACGUUCCAUGGGUUGUGUUAUGUGGAACAGCUUUUUCAAGGCAUACUAUGUGAAAUGACCAUACAUGGAUUUUCACCAGUAAGCACCAAUGAAAUGAUUAAAGAUGGAACUACAGAAGUGCCUGGUAGACUGAGCCCUUUUUCUUUCUCUCCCUGCAGCAGCUUUAAUUGGUAAUUUGGCAGUGGUCAGGCUUCUAAAUCUAUACCUAUUAGGCCUUUUUAAUAAGACAGGAGGGAGGGAGGGGGAACUUGAACUAAAACAGUUCUGCAUUACUACCCGUAGACACAUUCUGGCAGUUCAAAACCCACAAUUAAAUUGUUCUCUCAGUGCAGUUUACAGAUGGUAAUUUUCAUGACAAUCUUCAAUCACAGCUAAUUUCUAGGAGCUCUGAGAAAUGUUCCAGAGAAAGGCACCCUUUCCGAGUACUUUAUAUGGAUUGAAGCCAUAUUUUUGAGUGCUUUAGCUUGUAAUACAAACUUAAGUACUUUGGAACCGAGCUGGUAGAAGAGGGAUUUAUUUUCCUAAGAAAUGAAAUUCUGUCUGCCUUGACCAGAAAUAAACUGCAUUUUUAAAAGUCAUUGCAUAUUUCUUUUGUUUUGCAAAACCGUUUAUUUACCAAAAAUGGCCUCAUCCCUUCCCACCUGACCUGAGCUUAUACCACGUGGCGUACUUUGGGCUCUAAGAGUUCUUCUCGCAACCAUCAUGAGGCCAGCUAAAUGGAUACACUUCUGUGGAUAAUGUAGUCCAGUGAAAGUGAAACACCCAUACUUUUUCCAUUAUUUUCAAUAAAGCAAAAAGUUUUCUAAUGGCAUUCCACAUUUUCAGAUGCCUGUCUUAAGAGUCAAGAAAUGAGUUAACAUUGAUUCUGCUGUCAAUAUUCUUUUCUGUGGUGAAGAGCACAUAUAAUACAUACACGCCUCACAAGAGAAAUUAAAAAUCACAUGAGUUGCUGUUGAUCUUCCAAUGCUGCUAUAUAUUCCACAAGGUUACUUCCGUGUUUUGUGCUCUUUUUUCAUUGUUCUAGAUGGAAAGCACGAAUAAAUUUUCCAAAAAUAUGUGUAGUGCUUUGUCUUCAAUGUUUGAUUUCACUCAGGGUGGCCAGUAUUUUAAACUUCAUAUCCUGUUUAGGAGCUGUUUUAGAUGAGUUUUAUCUAGAAUGAGUUACUUGUUUCCUUUGUCUCUGGCAGUAAUACAACAACAUUUGAUGUCUUGAUGCAGAAAAAAGUUAAUUGUGCAGCUUCUUUUAAGUAGUUCUUUAAAGGCAGUGAGGUAUCUUGAAUCCACACGAAUUAUUGUGCAAAGCAGGUAUUUAUAGUAACUUUCUGCAGAUGUAAUGUCUGCUGUCUGGUCUCAGUAAAAAUCAUCCAAUAUUUAUUGGAAAGCCUAUGGAAAAAAAAUUAUCUGUAAUUCCCAUGAUGAUCUGGUGAUCAGGUAUAAUGGAAAUUACAACUAAAAUAAAGCUAAAUUUAAAUCAGUAUAAAAGUUGCAUUCAGUGUAAAAAAAAAAGUAAAUAAAUUCCUGCUAAACUUGAAAUUAAAUAAAUAUGCAUUGCCAUAAUAAAAAAUGUAAUAAUUAAAGCAGUUUAAAGAUGUCACCUUCCUUUUGAGGGGGGAAUGGGUGCUUUUAUAAUUGCAUAAAGCAAUGUCUAUAUGUAUUUUGAUAUACCAUUGUUUGAACUUCCAUCUUUAGCUGAUAAUUUAUCAAUUUUUAAAAAUAUAAUUUGGCCGUUCAGUAGGUUCAUGAAAGGAGUUUCUGGAAAGAAGCUCUUGAAUUUUAUCCUGUGGGGGCAGGGAUGGGAAAAUAUUGUAUAUCAAUGUUUGGUUGACUGUGUAACGCUCAGCGUAUAAGAUCUUUCACUGUCUAGAUUUUAUUUUUGCUCUUUACUGAAGAUAAACAUUCACCAAAAAUUAAUGUUCUGGGAUAGAUAGAGGAAUUAUGCCAUGACAAUUUGCUCUUGAGAUUUUAGGCAAGUUGACAAAACUUGCCUGAGCAAUAUUCUAAAACUUAGCAGCACUAAUUGUUUGGCUUGUUUGUUACCACCAUUUUUAUGCUCUGUACAAGUUCUGUAUUAAAUUAUUCUAAAAACUAAUACGUCCAAAAUAAAAAUGUGCAAAUAAAACAGUUUUGGUGAUUGUUGUUCUUCAUAAAGUUCAGUGGUAGCCACCUUCCCAUAUUCUCCAAAAAUUUAUGCCUGUACAUCAGGAAUGUCAAAAAGAAUAUUUCAAGUGUCUUUUUUGUGUGGCUUUAGUAUGGCUUCAUUUUAAUAUUGUACAUACAUUGUACUUGGUUUUAUUGUAAUGAAUAAUAAAAAUGUAGACUUCA